CGUGUUGAUGAUGAUGAGGGACGAAACUAUGAACUCGGUCACUGUGCAGUCAAGUGCAUGCGUACAAUCCUUAUGGGCUGGAUGCGACAAGCGACAAGAUUGGAGCAGUUCAAAAAGACUCAAAACCUUGAUACUUGCCUCCACAGCCGAUUUCAUUAUUCAACUGGCGAGCCAAUUUACAACGAUGAUUACAAGCAUCUACAAAUGGAUUGUGUUGGUCUCUUUGUUCUCCAACUAGUUCAAAUGAUCAGCUCAGGUUUACAGGUAGCCUCUUCUUCCUUCACUACUGACUUAUUUAGAUUAUCUACACAAAAACUGAAGUGGCCUUUGUUCAGAAUCUCAUUUUCUACUUAG